AUGGCCGCCUUCUCUUCCUCCGGUAGCGACAGCAGCUCGAGCCGGUCCACAUCGCCUGAGCCUGACAACAAGCAGAAGCAGACACUGAAGGGGGCAUCGAAGGCGAAGGAUGAUGCUGAAGAUUCCGAUUCCACCGACUCCUCCGACUCCUCCGACUCUUCAAGCUCUGAUGAUUCGAGCUCCGACGAAAUGGACACAAGCGAGGAUGUCUCACAGACUAAGAAGGUGACUUCUUCUGGAUCGAAGACAUACAAGGCGCCCUCCGGCUUCAAGCCCGCAAAUAAGCAAGCCGCUCCGUCCUCUAGCUCCUCCUCUCUUCUCUCCGACCUGCGUGGCAAGCAAAUCUAUCACAUCUCCGCCCCGGCAUCCCUUCCAUUGUCCAAGGUGAAGGAAAUUUCCAUGUCGAAAAUCAUGAAGGGCGAACCCAUCCUUGAGUUUGACGGUGUGAAAUACGGGAUUCCAGCUGAGUCGAUUACUGAGGAAGGAUCGGAAGGGAAGAAGCUCCUCGUCUACGAUGAGAGCACCCAGACCUACGUCAACAAGUCCGACAAUGUCCCUAGUUAUCAGAUUCAAGAGAUGUUCAACCUACCAGGCUCCGUAGGUGGAGGCCUUACUGCGGUUGAGGCAUUGCGAGAUACAGUCAAGCCGGCUCGACCCCAACCAAAGAAGCUGAGAAUGCGCUUCCGUCCCGUUGGCAGCCUCCCCAGCGCUCCCGAGACACUUGGAUCCAGCUCGGACGAGGAGAAGCGCAAGAGAAAGCACCAUCACACUGAGGGUGAUGCUACCCAAGCAACUGGUCUUCCCCGAAAGAAGUCAAAGAAGCUCUCGGCACAAGAAGAUGUACCCCCCGCAGAGGAGAGCAAGAAAUCGAAGAAGUCCUCUAAGGACCGCGAGGAGAAGAAGCGAAAAAAGUCCAGCAAGGCAUGA